AUGGAAUUAAGCCUUUCUUUUCUAGUGUUAGUUAUUACAGCAUCAACUGUAAACAGCCAGGUAGAAUGGGAUCGUGUCACAACAUUGGUAGGCGCCGACAUAUACUUCAAGAACAUAGUACAAGAGACCAUGCAAGAAGUAGAGAGAAGAGGCUGGUGGAACCUUAAGUUUAAUGAGGACAUCACUCAAACUUUCGGUGAGGUGCUGUAUGAUUGGCACGCCAAUGGCACAGUGACGUACACUAAUGGUUUCCUAGUCUCUAUUCAGCAGUUGGAAGCCAUUUUCACCAGGGGAACGCUGUUUAAAUCCACUAUGCCUGAUAAUAGUACUGCCAUGAUAGCCAACGUAAUGGGAGAAUUAAUCAUGAGGGAUGCCAAAAUUGGUUUUGAUGCUAUAGUCGAGUUCAUUCAUGAGAACACUCCACAGAGAUAUACUGGUAUAUUUAAUCAUAACGGUAUAGUUUUUGAAGUCUCGAUACAAAAAAAUCUACUAACAAAUGAACUAUCAACAUCAGUAUCAUUAAAGAGUUUGCCUGCCGGCUCUGGUAACCGUAUGGUGUACAUGCCAGCAAAUAACGUAACUGAAGUAUUGUCAAGAGUAUAUGUCCCAAGCAACAAUUGGAACGGUGUGAGAGAUUGGGGCAGCUACGUGUUUGGUCCUAUUAUAAAAAAUGUAUCAAAUAAUCACAUAGAUUUCCCGCAGUUCUGUCUUGGUUGUUUACGUUAA